ACUUUUAAAUUUAAUUUAGUUAAUAACUUAUAAUAUUUGAAAUUACAAAACUAUCCAUACUUACAUCCUCUUGCCCAAUUUCUCUGUUCUCCGAUUUCAUUCUUCUUCCUUUCUUCCCCUUGUUCCUCCAUUCUCCAUUACUAGCAAUCUCUUCCUCCCUUCUUUUCCGGCAUUGGUGACCUCCUUCCUUUCAUUUGUGACUUCUUCAUCUCUUCAUUGUCCUUCGAUCUCUUUCUUUGGCUCAAGCCUUUCCUCUCUACCCUAGCUCUUCCCUUCAAAAAACCCAGUACCCAACUCUAUUCUUGAUCUGGGUUUCACUAGAUUUUGGCAUCCUCUCACCCCUCCCUCUUUCCUUCCUUUCCAUUCGUGCCUCAUUCCCUUCCGAUUGAACCAUAGAAAACCCAAUGGUCUCGAUCUAGGUUUGGCAAUAGUGGAAUAGUUGCGCGCCUUGUCGGAAGUGAAAUCCAGAUCUGACAGGGUGGAUCAGUGCGAAGAGGAUCGGUGGUUGUCUUCAUCUUCAGACAUUCGAUGGCCGCAGUCAUGAUGCUUGAGAGAGAGAAACUUCCCUCCCCACCCUUUCCACGCACAGCCUCUGAUCUGAUGAACCCUUUUCAAGCUUUCAACUUUCUUAGUGAUGAGAUUGAGAUUUCAGAUCCAAAAUCCUGGGUAGGGGAAAACGAAUAGAAAAUUAUCGAGGGUUUUUUUCUGUUUGGUGAGAGAGAAAGUGGAGGAUGGAGGGAUGGGAUUCCAGUAUGGGAGAGAGAAUGGAGGUAAGCUUAGUUUAAAUGGCAACAAUGGGGGAGUGGGCAGUAGUGGUGGCUGUCUCUCUGAGCACCGGGAUUCUCAUCUCCAUUUUUAUACCUGCAGAUUGAAGGGAAAAAAACUAUGAAUCACAAACGAAAGUGCGAAUAUUUGGGCUUCUCAACUCAAAUUUGAUGUAUUAUGACCUUGACAUGAACCUCCUCAACUCCGACCUAACCCCAAUCUUCAAUUUUGGAAGAGGAAGAUCGAUCAUUUUUUCAGAAGAUGCUUAUUUUUGUUUAUGGUAAAGAGGGUCCGUGGCUAGGUUUAAAUGGAAAAGAAAGAGAAAGAGAAGGGGAUGAUUUGGGGGCUACGAGAAUCAAUUGUGUUGAGAAGUGGCAAUGGCAAUAUGCUUUCAAGUUCAGGGAUUGCAGAGGUAGGGGAAAAGAAAGGAAAGUGAGAGAG